GCCGCGAAGCGCGCGGGCGCACUGCGCGAGGAGCGCGCGGCGCUGCUGGGGCGCCUGGGGGGGAUAGAGGGCGAGCUCGCCGCGGAGCUCGCCCUCUAUCGCGCCGAGCGGGCUGGCGCGGGCGCCGCGGGCGCUGAGCCCGCCGACGGGGCCGCGCCCGCGGGCGCCGCCGAGGGCGCCGAGGGCGCCGCCGGGGCCAACCCCCUUGCGGCCGCCGCCGCUGCGGCCUCCGACGCCGACGGCGCGGCCUCGGCGGAGGCGCUGCUGAAG